CCUGCUGCAUGCGCGGGAGGCGGGAGUGGCCGGGGGCCGCCCGGGUGUCCUCGUCCGGACGGACACCAACUCCGCCUCCGUCCUGGCCCAGACUCGGUCCGCCCGGCGAUGGGGGGCUGCGGACGCGAAGCAAACCGUCGGCGAGGUUCCGAGGAGCGACGGGCGGGCAGAGAGCGGUACCGGGUUUUAGGAAGAGGAGGGGCAGGUGCUGCAGGCUGGUGUGCGCGUCCCUGCAGCGCCACGGGCUCCACACGGCGGCGAGGCACUGCAAGGCCCGCACGGGCGCCCAGCACCUGUGGCUGACGCGGCACCUGAAGGACCCAUUCGUGAAGGCGGCGAAGGUGGAGAGUUACCGGUGUCGGAGCGCCUUCAAGCUUCUGGAGGUGGACACGCGGCACCGGAUCCUGCGGCCUGGCCUCCGGGUGUUGGACUGCGGGGCGGCCCCUGGGGCGUGGAGCCAGGUGGCGGUGCAGAGAGUCAACGCUGCAGGCACAGAUCCCAGCAGUCCCGUGGGCUUUGUGCUCGGGGUCGACCUUCUUCACAUCGCCCCCCUGGGAGGAGCGACUUUCGUGUGCCCCGCUGACGUGACGGACCCACGGACCCUGCAGAGAGUCCAAGAGCUGCUUCCUGGCGGGAGAGCAGAUGUGGUUCUGAGUGACAUGGCCCCCAACGCCACAGGCAUCCGGGGCCUGGACCACGACAGGCUCAUUGGCCUGUGCUGGUCGCUUCUGGACAUGGCUCCAGACCUGCUGUGUCCCGGGGGCACAUUUCUCUGCAAAACCUGGGCUGGAAGUCAGAGCCACCGGUUACAGAAGAGACUGACGGAGGAAUUCCAGAGCGUGAGGACCCUGAAGCCCGAGGCCAGCAGGAAGGAGUCCUCAGAGGUGUACCUCUUGGCCACACAGUACCGCAGAGCCUGGGGGACUGGGGGGGCCUGAGCUCCCACCUGCCCUUGCCCGGCCUGGUCACCGCACACGUCGCUGCACUGUGCGGGGCUGGGCGGCCCCGGCUUGGCCGGGAGGCAGCGGGCAGUCAAAUGGGGAUCUUUCUAAACCGGAGAGGACAGAACUGUAUUCAGUGGCCAUGAUAAAAACGGUCUGUCACGUGAUUUGUGAAGAGGAAGUUAUCCUGAGAGAGGGACAAAGACGAAAGGACGAGCCGACAGGCUGGGGAGGGAAGGAUAAACACAGGCUGAGGCGGAGGGAGAGAUGCGCCUGCCACGCCCUCGUCUUACAGGCUGAAGUGGCCACAGAGAGCAGGUUCCGCCUCUGCUCCGAACAGCACAGGUUUCCAGCUAAGAUUUUGGCUCUACAGCAUCAUGUAGGAAAAUCUGAAAUUCCCGUCUGGGGACUAAAUUCCUUCUGGUGAAUGAUCCGGAGAUGCAGCCGCCCCUCAAGCAGCGAUGUCCCCAGGCAGUUAGGGGAGACACUGGUGUGAACUGUGCAUGGGCGGGUGUGCUUUGGGUUUUGCUGGAAAGGGGGCUGUAAUACUCGGGCCCCCUGGACAGUAAAGGUCAUUGCCAAAGCAGGCA